CAAUAAAAAUAAAUAAAUUCAAGCGUAUAUACAGAGAAAAUAGAAAAGAACCGAAAGGACCAAAAAGCUGUGGAUGGAGUAUCAAACAAGUUUGGACAUCCACGUGGAAACCAUCCAAAGCAGCCUUAUCCACUCCAAAAGUAAAACAGUAACCGCAGAUCCAUUUCAGCAUCAGUCAAAAUUCAAACAUAAAUACCAUUUUACCCUUAAGAUUGGUGAGUUGGCAAGCGAGUACAGCGAGUAACUUCAUAAAAUGUACAGCAGCAAGUGCUGAACGAAAACACAGCCUAAAAACAAAAAAAAAAAGAACAAAAAAAUUCAAAGAGCGGGAAAAACCACACAGCUUUUGAAUUCAAACGAACGCUCACUUCAAAAACACCUUUCAUUAAUUCUAGUCUUUGCCUCCGCAUAUUUCUAUGUUGUUUCAUUGAAUCAUUUCAGUGAAUUACGAAUUAAAGUAACUAUAUAAUAAUAGUAAUAAUAAUAAUAAUAAUAAAAAUAAUAAUGAUGUAUUGAGAAUUUGAAGAGAGAUGGAUUUUGAGAGCAUGAAGAGGAAAGAAUUACAAUCGCUGUGCAAAAAGCAUUGCAUUCCUGCUAAUUUAACCAAUCUCGAAAUGGCGAAUCGGUUGACUGAAAUUUUCAAGGCAAAGGAAAAUCUAAACUCUAAGGAAGGUAACGAGAACAAUUUUGAGGAGGAAGAUAAUGCAACGAAGAUGAAAUUGAAAAAAGUCAGGUUUAGUCCUGAUGUUGAAACGCGUGAAUAUGAGGUCUCAGCAUAUGCUAAGCCAGUGAGGAGGACGAGCAGGAGGACUACUGUACCAAAGGAAUCUGAAGAAAGCAAUCUUGUUGGAAAGAAGAGAGAGAAGGGAAAUGAUGGAAAGGUGGAAAGUGUUAGUGUUAGUAGAGCUACUCGGUCACGGGCCGUGGUUGACAAGGAGGAGACUAGUUCAUCAGUGGUUGAGAAAAAAAUUGAAACCGUUAGGGGUAAAAGAGGGUUGAGAAGCAAAAAGAUUGAUAAAGAUUCUGUAGAGGAAGAAAAAGCUACAGGAAAUGAGGCGAACUCUAUACAUUAUGAGGUUAUGGAAGUUGAAAGAGUUUGUAGGGUUACGAGGUCUUCAGCUUCUGCAGUUGAGGGUAAAGUUCUUGGAGCUAUGAAAGAAAGUAAAGGGGUUGUUCGGAUUAAGGAUUCUUUGAAAGGUUUAGGUAUGAAUGUUUCUACGGGGAAAACAGUUGCACGGUUUGAUGGUAAGGUGGGAAGUAAUGGGCAGGAAGUGGUGUUAAAGGACACCAGAAAGCGGUCAAGGAAUGUUGAUUUGGAAGUAAUGACCCAAGUUAAUGAUUUUUUCGCUACUAAAGAAGUUGUUGAGAAGGCAUCUUCACCAUCUGCUGUCUGUCCACGAAGGUCUAGGCGCAAAACUACCGUGUUUAACUCUGCUGUUGUUAUUAGUGAUGAAUCAGGAGCAGGUGAACCUGUGGGAAAGAGGACACGAUCGAAUGGAACUGUUUCAGGCAAAGGUGUCUGUGUGACUGAUGAACCACGGAGGUCCACAAGAAAUUCUUCUAGACAAGCAACUUCUAGCAAAACUGCUCAAAAUGUUGGAAAGGUUGGGCAAGCCCGGAAGUCCAGGCGCAAAACUAUAUUAAGUUCUACUGUUGCCAAUGAUGAAACAGGAGCAGGUGAAGUUGGUGGAAAGGCCAAGGAAUUAAAUGAAAAUGCUUCAGGAAAAGGUGCUUAUGUGACUGAUGAACCACGGAGGUCUAAAAGAAAUGCUUAUGGAAAAAGUUCGGGAGCAAUUUCUAGUGACAUGAAUGACAGUGUUGAAAUUGUUGGGAAGGUUAGGCGAGAGAGCAAAAAAUGUGAAACAGUUCAGGAAACGGAAACUGCUGUGAUUGUCGAGGAGUCGUUGAUUGGAAAAACCCCAAGGCGUUCUAAACGACAUGCCUUUAAAAGUGAAUUGCCCGGAGCUUCUGUACCCCAUGGAUGUAUUGAGAAGAAGCAAGAAAACCUACCAACUGUGCCGAUUGUGAUGAAAGAAACUAUGCCGGAAAUUAUAUCAGGAAAAGGUGCGAUUAAUGAACCACGGAGGUCCAAAAGAAAUGCAUCUAGACUACAUCUGACAGCAACUUCAAACGAAACGAAUGUAAUUGCUGAAAAUGUUGGAAAUGUUGGGUUACAGGACCGAAAAAGUGGAACUACUCAGGAGACAGAAACUGCUGUGGUUGCUGAUGACUUUUCGGGAGUUUUUUUUGCACCUGUUGAGAAGCAGCAUCAAAGCAUAUCAAAAAUUCCACGCAGGUCUACAAGAAGUGUCUCUCGACAGCAUUUGGCAGCAACUUCUGAUGAAAUGGAUGAAUUUGCUGAUGGAAAGGAUGGGCAACAGCAUGGAAAAAGUGGAACAGUUCAGGAGCCAGAAACAGUUGUGGUUGAUGAAUUGGUUGGAAAUACUCCAAGACAAUCUACACAGCAUGCCUUUAAAAGUAACUUGGUUAGAUCUUCAGCACUCACAAAAUCUGUUGAUAAGAAGCAACAAAGCAUAUCAGGAGUGCCAUUUAUGAUGAAAGAAACAACUCCAACAAAUUUUUCAGGAGAAGGGGUCUACAUGACUGAUGAAUCACGGAGGUUUACAAGAAGUGCUUCUAAACAGCAUUUGGCAGCAACUUCUAGUGAAAUGAAAGAAGUUACUGAAAGUGUUAAAAAGGUUGGGCAAGGGAACAAAAAAUGCGAUGCAGUUGAGGAGACAGAAACUGUCGGGGUUGUUAAUAAGCUGGUCGGAAAUAGUCGAAGGCAAUCUGCACGACAUGCCUUUAAAAAUGACUUGGUUAGAUUUUCUGCACUCAGAAAAUCUGCUGAGAAGAAGCAACAAAGUUUAUCAAGAGUGCCAGUUACGAUGAAAAAAACUACCCCAACAAACAUUUCAGGAGGGGUCUACAUGACUGACGAAUCACUAAGGUCGACAAGAAAUCCUUCUAAAAAGCAUUUGGCGGCAACUUCUUGUGCAAUGGAUGAAGUUGCUGAAACUAUUGGAAAGGUUGGGCAAAGGAACGAAAAAUGUGAUACAGUUGAGGAGAUGGAAACAGCUGUGGUGGUUAAUGAGUUGGUUGGAAAUGCUCCAAGGCUAUCUACACGAAAUGCCCUCAAAGAUAACUUGAUUAGAUCUUCUGUCCAUGGAAAAUCUGUUGAGAAGCAACAAAGCAUAUCAAGAGUGCCAAUUAUCAUGAAGAAAACUUCUCCAGCAAACAUUUCACCGGAAGGGAUCUACAUGACUGAUGACUCACGGAGGUAUACAAGAAGUGUUUCUAAACAGCGUUUGGCAGCAACUUUCAGUGCAGUGAAUGAAGUUGCUGAAAGUGUUGGGCAAGGGAAUGAAAAAUGUGAUACAGUUGAGAAGACAGAAACUGCUGUGGUUGGUAAUGAGGUCGGAAAAACUCCAAGGCAAUCUACUCGACAUGCCUUUAAAAGUGAUUUAAUUGGAUCUUCUGUACCUGUUGGCAAGAAGCAAGAAAGCAUAUUAAGGUUGCCAAUUAUAGUGAGAAAAACUACGCCAAUAAACAUUUCACCACCUAUUGAAGACACUGGACUGAUUACGGCAGAAGCUACAGGUGAAAGAAAGCGUUUAUUUUUUAACAGCAAUAAUGCAAAAGCAGGUGAUUCCACAGAAGAAGUGGCAUCAAAGGUUGCAGGGGAUUCCGUGGUUGUUAAUGGGAGGAACAUUGUUCUGAUGAAUGACACAGGAAAUGGGAUCUCAGAUGGUAGUAUCGAGGACAGUGCGGAUCUUGAUAAUCAUGAUUCAGCUAAGGUCAAAUUAGCUGAAUUUCAAGCAAAAGCUUGUGAUAUAAUUUCUCCCUCUGAUGGGUUCUCAUCUGUAAACCACUCAGCUUUAGCAGGUGAGAGCCUUAAUCUCUUAGGAUUUGAGAAAGUUCCAGCAAAAGAAGAAAUGAUAUCAGGUAAAGAUGCAUGCUGUGGAAGUGAUGAUACCAGUAAUUAUUCUGCUGAAGUUGAUAGGAUAUCUAUUGAAGGUGGAGUCUGUGGUCUAGAAAGGAGUGAGCAGGAGAAUACAAAAGAAGAAACUGAGGACAUAUUGGGACCUGGAAAUGUAAGAUCGACAACAUUUAGUGCAAAGAGUAUAAUCAAAAGCUGCAGUGAAGAUGUAUGUCAGGAAACUGAUGAUGUCAAUAAUUGCUCAACUGAAGUUGAAAGAGUACCUGCUGAAGAUGAUGAAGCCACUGGUCCUGAAUGGGCUGGACGGAAUGAUACACUAGAUACAAAUGAUCAUGGAGCAGUAACUCAUGAUAGACAAGCAUCGCCAGCUCUUAUCGCAAAGACUAUUGUGGAGGAAAUCGAAGACAUGCACCAUGAAUGUGAUGAUGUCAAUCACCAAAACUAUUCUGCUACAACUGUUGCUCUAACAUCCCCUGAUUCCGGUUGCUUCAUUCCAAAAGUUAAUGAUGACAAUCGACAAGCAUCCGGUUCCAAAUUAUCCUUUUUCGGUAACUUCAUUAUGGAGAGCAGUGAAAAACAUCAAGUUUGCAAUUUUGUUAAUGUUGCAGAUGAGAAAACAAUAGUGACUGAUUCAGAUGAUGAAGAUCUAAAGGACGCUUUGGAAGGAAUACCAGCAGAUGCUUUGCCUCAUGAGCUAGAAGAUGAAAAAAUAUCGAAUAAUGCAACAGCAAAGAAAUCUAAAGCCGAGAUUUUGUGUCAGCAAGACGUUGGAGAUUGCAUAGUUGGUGAAAGAGGAAUUAGUUUCAACAACAAUGGUGGUGAGCUGUUUUUAUUAGAAGCAUCUGCGCCAAGGAAUCUAGACUUUCCUUCUGAAAAGUUCCACAAUCACAAAGAGAUAGUUGUAGAUAGGAACUGCAGUGUCGAUGUUGUCAUGCACGUGCCGGUUACUGAGUACUGUAAUCCAGUUCGGGAUAACGUUGAACAACAACAAAUGGAAGGCAAGAAUUUAGAUAAUUGUGUGGUACCUGAGCUUGGUGUUUAUGGUGGUUCCCUAAAGAUUGCUGCAGAGGUUAAUUCUGCAAGUGACUCGAGUUUCAGUUGGACAAUUUGCCAAGAAUCUAGUGAUUCACAUAUAGCAAUUAAGGAAGUGAUCAGCAGUGAGUUGAAUACAGAACAGUGUGAUCAGGUUUUAAGGGAUGGAACUGCAGAGUGUGCUUCGGUAAUGAAACUUUCUGACCGUGAUGGUGAAGAAGUAGCUACCAGUUUGACUCAGAGUCGGAGCAUCCAACAAAGUGAAUAUUUUGAGGGCAAGAAUGUUGAAUUGAAUUCACUGUCUCCCAGAAACAUUAAAAUUACUGACGGAAUGAAGGAGAAAAGAGACAAACUUGAAGUCAGUGAUUCCAAGGUUUAUUCUUUUCUGAAAUUUAUGAACGAUCCCUUGGAUGCUGAGGAAGCUCCAGAAGUGCAUGAUGGCAAUCUUUUUGAUGGUAUCUUCCGAAAGGAUGAAGCAGCUGAGAAUGAAACAUGCAUGAUGCCAAUGGAUCAGCAGGCACAAGAAGGAGGGACUUCAGAAUCCAAUAGCACAGGAAAGCCUGUUAAAGUGAUUUCAAAUUGGACAGAUGGCUUAUUAAAAGUUAAUGCUGCUGCUCGGAUUGCUCUAUCUGGGACUGCAUCUAUUGAUUUUGGAGGCCUUUAUAAGGAUCCUGAUGGAGUCGAGAAGCAUGCAGUGGAGGUGCACGCAAAUGAUUCGGUACAUGUCAAAGCUGUAGAUGCAAAGGGAAAAGAUGGAAAAUUAGAAGGUAAUUUGGAAGGCAAGGAUACUGGUCAUGAUGCUGAGAAGGAAUUAGACGAAAAUCUUUUAUCAUUCCAUGAAGAGGCGGCAGAUGGGGGGACUCUUCUAUCAGUUUUCUUAGAUGACACAUCACAUGAAAUGACAGGGACUGAACUUCAGAGGACUACAUUAAGUUGCAGCCAGUGGGAAGACAACAUGCCAACAGAAAUUUUAUCAUUUGCAGAUGCCUAUCUCGAACAACCUGAAAUCGAUUCAGGUAGUUCUUCCUUACAACAGAACGCAAAAUCAAAUGAAGAGUUUGAGGAACAACUGAAGGAGAAUAAUGUAGUUAUAAUAGGGGAAAAUGAUGGCGCCCAGAGAGUUGGUGAAAACCUAACUGAUCCUACAGAUAGCUCAAGCCUAGGAGAAAAUGUAAGAGACCAUCAUGAGGUUACUAAAGAGCAACUUGAUGUGCAAAAAGAUCCAGUCAAUAAAGUAGCUUCUGUCGACAAUAAUGAUGGUUUAACGCUAAAAGAACUCCCAUGUGAUGAUAUAAGCAAGAUAUCUCCCGCAGAGGCUGGGGAACUACAGUGUUUGCACAAGCCUGAUGACGAGGUUCUCACUGCUGUCAGCUCUAAGCAAGCAGCUGAGUUUGAAAAACUUGAUGAUAUUUCUCUAUUCCAACAUGAAGUAGUUGCUGAUGACGGAUCUACUUCUGCUGUUUGUACUUCUCCAGAUCAUGGAGGCGAAGACGUGGAGCUGCAUUUGCUUUUUGCAGAGGGAGAAGAAUACAAUGUUGAAGAACCUGGCUCACAGGCUCUCGAUAGAAAACUGCAUAAAAAUGAAAUAUUUACUGAACAAGAUGCCAAACAAGUUGCUGAAGACCAACAAGAAAAGGACAUGUUGAUGGAAGAUGUGGGAGAAGCACUGGAGCUGAUGGAAGGUAUGCUGAAAAAAGGAGAAAGUACUGGACAACAAUCUCUUGCAUUCACCAAUUCUAUGGUGGGUCAAGAUAGUACUGCUGGAACUGAUCAGAGCUGUCAUCCGAUGAUGUUUUCACCUGACAACCCAAGUUCGCAUCCUGAAACUAAGGAACUAGAGUUGUAUGGUGAACAACUGACUUGUUCAGUGAUGAAAAGAAAGACUAGUAGAAGUGUUUUGAUUCAAAUGACACUUGAAAAAGUUCUAGACUGCAAUGCUAUGAAAGAGAAUGCACCAAGCAUGAAGACGGACCAACCUGGUAAUGUGACAGCACUGAAAUCAUUAGCAAAGAGGCGUCCUCUGGAGGAUCUGAGAAAUUAUUAGAUUCUCUGCUCCUGCUCAUGUUGUUUUUCGGUUUGCUUUUUUUUUUUUUUCUCUUUUAAUGGUUUUUGGACUAAGCAUAUCUCAUGCAUUUAUUUGGAAAGAGACUUGAACUAACAUGUCGUCAAAUGAGCAAUUUUUGGUUGCUCAAAGAUUUUAAUUUGAAUUGACACUACAUGCAGUGCCACUUUGGAACUGCUUAUUUAUCAUGUA